ACCUUCGAAUGGACAAACCGAAGUGUAGUUUUAUCGGCAUUUUUCUGGGGAUACGUCAUUUUACAAAUUCCUGCUGCUCAAUUGAGUAAAAAAAUUGGUAUCAAGUGGAUGCUUGUGGGCUGCACAACAGUAGAUGCAGUAUCCUGUUUACUAAUUCCAAUAGCAGCAAGUCGAUUAGGGUCUGUGGGCGUGAUGGGUUGCAGAUUCACAGAAGGUCUCGCCCAAGGAGGGGUAGCACCACUGGUCCAUAGCUUAUUGGGAUGCUGGGCACCCCCUAGAGAAAGAUCCGUACUAGGAACUUUCGCUUACGCCGGUUGCAUCUGUGGAAAUAUCCUAUCGUUAUCUAUCACCGGGUUCAUAUGUUCAAGCAGGUGGGGUUGGCCGGCGGUAUUUUACAUCUUUGGAAGUUUCAGUCUCAUGUGGACAUUGGCUUGGAUCGUCUUUGGAGUAGAGAGACCAAGUUCUCACAAAACUAUUACGGAUUCGGAAAAAAACUACAUUCAAAUCAGCCUCAAUCAACAAGUACAUAAG